AUGAACAGCGAGAGACAGCGAAUCGAUCGAGUGGGUUCGUACAACGGCAUGGAAGAGCCAGCCAGCCAAGGCUCCGUCACUGUUGAAACAACGUGGCUGAGCUCGCACCCACAACCACUGCGCCAACUGGCGCCACUCCCAACGAGCAUUGCGCGCCGACGACAACUCUUUAGCCCAUCACGCAGAUCCCCGGACACUUCACAAAUCAACGCAGGUACACAGAGGCACCAAGCUUCAGGUUCCGCUCUCGGAGAGGAAACUUCGGCAUGGAUCUUCGCAGGCUAUGGAAGUCACCAGUGCGCAGGGGUUGAUCCUAAACGCUUUCUAGACCUCGAUACUCUUGCUCCCAAGUGGCAAUCUUCUAUUGUCGGCUUCUAUUCGCAGUAUACCGAUACGCAACAGGGACUUGGUUUUAACAGCAGAUCAGUCACUUUCGGACCCAGCGUAUUCCGUGAGCAUGCGCAGUCUUUGAAUGCGAUCGGUUUAGGGUAUCAUGAAGAUUCUGUGAUCACUCAAUCCCCAGAGCCUUCUUGUACCAAGCGUAAGCAACAAGCUUCAGGCUCGGAGCCUGCUGCCAAUGGAGACAAGAAGCGGGAUGAAGCGGAGAUCGUCAGGUGGAAGAAGGCUAAAAAGAACCAGGGGACGAAAUUCAUCCCUCGCUGGUAUGUAUACGACCAAAAAGAGGCUUAUAAGAGUAGCACCUUGACACACAAGAUUGGCAAGGACCAGAUGGAAGACUUUCUGGAUGAACAAGGAGUUGAGGUAAAUACGAAAUUCCCUACGAACCUGGCCCGCUACAAGCCCGGCACCAGGCUUCAAGCACUGGCACAGAAGUGUCGCGAGAUUCAACAAAUACUCAUUGAUCUCAAACAAGCUGGGCACACUAUUGGACCCAAACGUCAGAUUUCCCGUCGCUGUGUACAAUCUGUUGCCUCUCGCGAUGAGUAUGACUUGGCAAGCAACGAUGGAGAAGUUGCCAUGACAGACAAACGAGCAAAAACCACCCGCAAGCUUGCUGCACUUCCUAUGGAUGCAAAAGCAAACAAGAUGAGGGCCGAGACUACGAGCAACAACAACAUCACCAAAGGUGACUACAGCAAGAUGGCCUCCAGCACUUCUCCCGCAGUCGAACCCAAACCACUCUCAGACCUUCGUGCUCAACUUCGGUUAUUCAGAGACAUCGCUAUCAAAAUCAUCAAGAACAAGUUUUACAUAUGUCCAGAAGAUGAAAAGAAACAGAUAAACGAGAAGCUGCGAGCGGACUGGAUCCCAUACUACGUCCGCCUGGUCAUUCAGGCACAGGAUCACACCCGCUCUGGUGAUGCUGAGCUCGUCAACAAUGCCAACGCGUUACAGUCGAAGAGUACAGAUUCGUUCGCUGCACGAACGAACAAACUUGUCGAGGAGCUGGUUCCCAAUCAUGGUAGUCGGGCGAAUAUGAGGAGACUUGUGGACGAGGAGUUCCCUUAUCUCGCUUAA